GGGAAUUUUCCCUAGUUUCUAGGGAUGUUCUAAAUGAGGAAAAUUGUUUUUUCAAUGUGACAAUAAGCACCCACUUGAUAAUGAUCUUUGAAUAAUGGUUUUUAACUCUAACAGGAAAUUGUUGAUUUUUUUCCGCUUUAAAUAAUUCUUGGGCGAGGACAGGAGCCUUUGAGAUAGAAAGGUUAAUCAUCGGGUCAGUGCCAGAAAUUAGCUGCAGCUUGUCAUCGAGUAUUAAAUAAUAAAUCGGUAAAUAAAAAAUGCCUGACAUCCAGAAGAAGCCUUUCUACAUUGGAGCCAUUGACGAAGGUACCAGCAGUGCCAGAUUCUUGAUCUUCGAUGUGGCAAAGAGGAAAGUAGUGACUUCCCACCAGAUCGAGAUAAAGCAGAAAUUUCCUCAGGAGGGAUGGGUGGAACAAGAUCCGAAGGAGAUCCUUGCAGCUGUUACAGAGUGCAUCACGAAGGUGAUGGAGAAACUGAAGGAUCUAGGGAUCGACAGUUCAGAUAUCAAAGCUGUAGGGAUCACGAAUCAGAGGGAAACGACUGUUGUGUGGGAUAAGAAGACUGGGGAACCCCUGCACAACGCCAUAGUUUGGCUCGACAUGAGGACGACAACAACUCUCGAGGACGUUCUUGAUCAGAUCCCGAACAAAACCAGAAAUAAAAACUAUCUGAAGCCCAUCUGUGGACUCCCACUGUCCCCAUACUUCAGCGCCUUGAAGAUCCGCUGGCUUAUUGAUAAUGUCCCCAGGAUCAAGCAGGCAGUUGAUGCUGAAAACUGCGCGUUUGGGACUAUCGAUACCUGGUUAAUAUGGAACCUAACAAAUGGAAAGCUGCACAUAACAGACGUCUCGAACGCCUCCCGCACUCUAUUAAUGAACAUCGAGACUCUGCGAUGGGAUCCAAUGCUUCUAAAGUUCUUCAAUAUCCCCCAGCAUAUGCUGCCAGAAAUAAAAUCAAGUGCUGAGAUCUACGGGAAGAUCAGUAGCCCAAGCUGCUUAUCGGGUAUACCCCUGUCAGGAUGCGUUGGUGACCAACAAGGAGCUCUUCUGGGUCAACUCUGCCUGAAGCCAGGGCAGGCAAAGGCGACGUAUGGCACCGGGUGCUUUCUUCUCUGCAAUACAGGAACAGUUAAAGUCGAUUCGACUCAAGGACUGAUAACCACCGUAGCCUAUAAAUUCGGUAAAUCCCCAGCGGUUUACGCACUCGAGGGUUCUGUCGCUGUUGCAGGGGCUGCACUGUCUUGGCUGAGGGACAACAUGCAGCUCGUCAAGAACAUCGGAGAGACCCAGGAGCUAGCAGAGCGCGUCAAGAACUCAGGGGAUGUUUAUUUCGUUCCAGCCUUUUCAGGGCUUUAUGCGCCUUAUUGGCAGCAGGACGCCAGGGGAGUCAUCUGUGGAAUCACUGAGGACACGCAGCAGUAUCACAUCAUCAGAGCAGCCCUCGAAGCUGUCUGCUUUCAGACUAGAGACAUUCUCGAGGCUAUGGUUAAAGACUCUGGGACGAAACUCUCGGCUCUUCUCGUGGAUGGCGGCAUGACGGUUAAUGAUCUUCUCAUGCAACUCCAGGCAGAUUUGACUGGGAUAAAUGUCUUCAGGCCACAUAUGGUGGAGUCCACUGCCUUAGGAGCUGCCAUACUGGCUGGCAUCGGGGCUGGACUCCUUGAUGUUUCAGAGGUCGAACCCUCACAGAUGACCAAGUUUUCGUCAGCCAUUGGAGAGGACGAGAGGGACCUUCGGUAUUCCAAGUGGAAGAUGGCGGUUGAGAGGUCCAUGAAGUGGGAUCUCUCUUCAAGUCUCGAUUAGAUUUAAUUUAGUGAUUUUUAAAAUUAAUUUGUUAUAUUCUAUUGAGUACUUACUGUUUUUAUUGUUGUUUUCGGUUUAGGCUUUUGGUAUGUGAUUUUGUCAAAUUAAAUUGAUUUUUUUAUUAUAAUAAUGAACAGUGAUCAUGAGCUUUAUUUUUAUAAGGGAUUCUCUGCUGUUCUGUAUCGACGUCUCAUGUUGGGAUAGAAUGUGGGUUUGAACUUCCAAUCUUCAGAUUACUAACUCAUUACUACAAUUAGAGAGGUAAUUCUGAAUUUUCACGGUGUAAAGUUAAUUGGCACUUGUCACGGCAAUAAAUCGCCUGCUUCGUA